AUGAGUGCGAUUUUAUCUGAAGAAGAUUUAAAUGAUUUCAUAUCUCCUGGGACAGCAUGCAUAAAGCCCAUAAAAAAUAAACAAACUCAGAUAGAAAAGACAAAAGAUAAUGAAUUAGAAGUCGGAAAAGAAGAUGUGGAUUUGGAGAAAGUUUCCAUUUCCUUGCAGGAUUGUUUAGCAUGUUCAGGUUGUAUUACAUCCUCAGAAGAAUUGUUAUUAAGCAAACAAAGUGCGAAAGUGUUUUUAGAUUCUUGGAUGAAUGAAAAUAGCAUAAAAAAUCAGGAUAGAAUUUUGGCUGUCAGUAUUUCACCUCAGUGCAGAAUCUCAUUAAGUAAAUAUUUCAAUGACAUUACCGUCAGCGAAUUUGAUAAAAUAUUUUUAACUAUAAUGCAUGAAAAAUUCGGAGCUACAUAUAUUGUUGGCACUCAAAUCGGAAGAGAAAUAGCGAUAGAGCAAAUGAUAGAUAAAUUAGACAAAUGUGCAACACCGACUGGAGCGUUACCCAAAUUAUCGUCAGUAUGUCCUGGGUUUGUUUUAUAUUGCGAAAAGACAAAUCCUACUCUUUUACCUCAUUUACUAAACGUGAAAUCGCCGCAACAGAUUACUGGAUCAGUGUUAAAAAACGGAUUGCGUUCAAAUAAAAUAUAUCAUUUAAGCAUUAUGCCCUGCUUUGAUAAGAAGUUAGAGGCUUCUAGAGAGGACGGCGAGAAUGAAGUUGAUUGCGUUAUAACACCAAAAGAGGUUGUCAAUAUGUUUGCAGACUUAAAUAUAGACUUUAACGCUUAUCCUGUAGUUUUAGACAAGGACGCGGAGGUCUUUUAUAAAAAAUUCAAUCCCAGCAUGUUAAAAGUUUUUUCUGAUCCGGUUCGAAGUUGGUGUAGCAACGAGGGCAGUAGUAGUGGUGGUUAUGCCUACCAGUACAUUUUACAUGAGUUCAAAAAAUACACAGAGAAUAACACUAGCGAUGAGCUGUAUUCUAUAGAAACUGUUCAUGGGAAAAAUAAUGACAUAAAAGAGUAUAGGCUCAUGAAAAAUGGGGAAAUUGUAAAAUGUAGCUGCGAAUUAUACGGAUUUAGAAAUAUCCAAAACAUGGUUCGGAAAUUCACCUUGAAAAGUCCUGCCAAUAAGAUCAACAAGAAAUUAGUUAAAUUGAAUACGCGUUUGAAUAGAUUGAAGGGGACUACAACAAACACUGCAACCUCUGGCGUUAAAGUGGAUCCUUUCAAAUCAGAUUUUAUAGAAGUAAUGGCGUGCCCUAGCGGCUGCAUUAAUGGAGGUGGUUUAAUAUUCCCGGAACAAACAGAUAAUAAUGCAAAAAGACGUACAUUAUAUAUUAAGGAAUUAAAUAAAAGGUAUGAAGAACAGUUGAAAAACCUGCCUUUGAUAGUCAAGGAUGAUAUUAACAAACAUGAUAAACAUGCCUAUUAUGAGUACACUUUUAAAUCUGUUAAAGAUAGUAAGGAUGUUGGUGAUAUUUCCAGUGAUAACAAUAACCUGAAUGCUAACCCUCUUGAUGUUGCCUCUAAAUGGUGA